GAGGAGCCUGGGGAGGAGGUGAGGCAGGGCCGGGGGAGGCCGCGCCGGGCCUCAGACUUCAUGAAGUUCAGCUGGAAGGAGAACAAUAACGCAGAACGGAUCUUCAACCUGCUGCCAGAGAGAGACACACGCUGCUACUCGGCUCUGAUCAGAGGCAUGGUCAAGCACGGAGCCCACGCAAAGGCCUUCAGCAUUUACACAGACCUGCUCAACAACAGACUGACCGCUGACGUCCACAUCUUCAACGCUCUGCUGAUCGCAGCUCCAGACGUCAGAGACAAAUACAACGAGAGAUGGGACCUUCUCGCUGUAAGACUGUUUUCUUAUCAGCAUAUCAUCAGACCUGCUUAUAAUAACUCAUGUUCAA